UUCAAAAUGUGCACAACUCUCGUACGGUGUCUGGUCGCACUUCUCUUCGUGUUAGCUGAAGUCUCGACGAGUCCUCUAUCACUAAUCCAAUCGGAUCAUCCGCCCCUGACGGCAGAGCUGAGCUCCAGGAUGGCGGCGCACGCGUCCCGCUUGCAAGAGUCCAAGGAUCCUCGGCUUCCAAUACCAACUCCACAAGACCUGGAAGCCAUCCGUAAGGUGGCACAGGUGCUCGUCAUGCUUGGCGAACAGGUGAUACCAGCUCUGAUAAACGGAGCAGGUCCUGAGAAUGGAGGUUCAAAAACGGAGAUCCCCUACGAUAUAGAUGAUAAGAAUUAG